UUUUCGAUGAUUAGAAAAGCAGGGAUACACCUGGGGAGAUAGGCAGACUUGCGGUGGACCGUGUUUUAUGCCAAGCGGGAAAUGUAUGCACAGCCUUAAUGCUGUAUGCAAAUAGGCAACUGCACAAGGCUGAAGAGAAGAAGUUAAAGGAACAAGUCGAAGCAGAGCGCCCCCCGGAGGACAGUAGAAGAAACCCUUCGCAAUAACCGAGUCGGCAACCGCGAAUACUGUAUCGGUAUACUGAAGGACAGGAUAAUCAAAACAGAAGAUUGAGUACCACUGGUCAUCGGGAAGUGGCUCUUGGACCAUGUCGAAUUUUGAAGGAGCAAUCCAGGUGGCUCGACAAGCUGUCGAUGCAACUCCAGAAGAUCACCCUGAACGCUCAGCACGACUGAACGAUCUUGGAAACUGUCUUGGCAGCAGAUACUCGAGGACAGGAGCGAUAGCCGACCUUGAAGAAGCGAUCCAGAUUGCUCGACAAGCUGUCGACGCAACUCCACAACACCAUCGUGACCGCGCAGCACGGCUGAAUAAUCUUGCACUCCAUCUAGGCAGAAGAUACUCAAGGACAGGAGCGAUGGCCGACCUCGAAGGAGCUAUUCAGAUUGCUCGACGAGCUGUCGAUGCAACCCCAGAAGACCACCCUAACCGUGCAGCACGGCUGAACAAUCUCGGAAACCGUCUUGGCGGCAGAUACUCGAGGACAGGAGCGAUAGCCGACCUCGAAGAAGCCAUUCAGAUUGCUCGACAGGCUGUUGCUGCAACUCCAGAAGACCAUCCUAACCACGCAGGAUGGCUUAACAACCUCGGAAACCGUCUUGGCGACAGAUACUCAAGGACAGGAGCGAUGGCUGACCUUGAAGAAGCGAUCCAGAUCGCUCGACAAGCUGUCAAUGCAACUCCAGAGGACCAUCCUGACUACGCAACAUGCCUGAACAAUCUUGGAAACAAUCUUGGCGACAGAUACUCGAGGACAGGAGCGAUAGUCGACCUUGAAGAAGCGAUCCAGAUUGCUCGACAAUCUGUCGAUGCAACUGCAGAAGGCCAUCCUAACCACGCAAGAUGGCUGAACAAUCUUGGACUCCAUCUUGGCGACAGAUACUCAAGGACAGGAGCGAUGGCCGACCUCGAAGAAGCGAUCCAGAUUGCUCGACAAGCUGUCGCUGCAACUCCAGAAGACCACCCUGACCAAACAGCAUGCCUGAAUAAUCUUGUAGUCUGUCUUGGCGACAGAUACUCAAGAACAGGAGCAAUGGCUGACCUCGAAGAAGCCAUUCAAGUUGCUCGACAAGCUGUUGCUGCAACUCCAGAAGACCAUCCUGAUCGCGCAGAACAGCUUAACAAUCUCGGAAACCGUCUUGGCGACAGAUACUCAAGGACAGGAGCGAUGGCUGAUCUUGAAGAAGCCAUUCAGAUUGCUCGACAAGCUGUCGACGCAACUGCUGAAGACCACCCUAGCCGCGCAGCAUGGCUAAACAAUCUUGGAGUGCAUCUUGGCGGCAACAGAUACUCAAGGACAGGAGCGAUGGCCGACCUUGAAGAGGCCAUCCAGAUUGCUCGACAAUCUGUCGAUACGACUCCAGAAGACCAUCCUGACCGCGCAGCACGGCUGAAUAAUCUCGGAAACCGUCUUGGCGGCAGGUACUCAAGGACAGGAGCGAUGGCUGACCUUGAAGAAGCUAUUCAGAUCGCUCGACAAGCUGUCGACGCAACUGCAGAAGACCAUCCUGAACGCGCAUCACGGCUGAAUAAUCUCGGAAACCGUCUUGGCGGCAGAUACUCGAGGACAGGAGCUAUAGCCGACCUUGAAGAAGCGAUCCAGAUUGCUCGACAAGCUGUCGCUGCAACUCCAGAAGACCACCCUGACCGCACAGCGUGCCUGAACAAUCUUAUAGUCCGUCUUGGCGACAGAUACUCAAGGACAGGAGCGAUGGCUGACCUUGAAGAGGCCAUUCAAGUUGCUCGACAAGCUGUCGAUGCAACUGCAGAAGACCAUCCCGACUAUGCAAGAUGGCUGAACAAUCUCGGAGUCUGUUUUGGCAUAAGAUACUCGAGGACAGGAGCGAUAGACGACCUCGAAAAAGCGAUCCAGAUUGCUCGACAGGCUGUUGCUGCAACUCCACAAGACCACCCUGACCGCGCAGAACGGCUUAACAAUCUAGGAAACCGUCUUGGCAACAAAUACUCAAAGACAGGAGCGAUGGCCGACCUCGAAGAAUCUACCGUGUGCUAUGAAUCAGCUCUACAAUUCACUGAAGCUUCAAUCGAUACACGCAUGGCCGCUGGCAUUCUACUUUUUCAAUCAUGUGCUCAAGUAUCAGAUUGGGAACGAGGCUCCAAGUAUUCCGCAAUGGCCGUCGAGCUUGCUCCUCAGCUGAUUGCGCGCUCGCUGAAAAACGCAGACAAACAAUACAGGCUGAGUCAGAUUGCUGGUUUGGCUUGUGAUGCGAGUGCAGCAUCUUUGAAUGCAGGAAGGGUGCUGCUCCUCGCGCUAAACCUGCUUGAGCAAGGACGGGGCGUGUUAGCGGCAUCUCUUCACGAGAUGCGGACAGAUGUUCUCGAUCUUCAAGCAAAACAUCCUGAGCUAGCUGAACGCUUUGUUCGCCUUCGAAAUGAGCUGCAGCCGCCCGUUACGGAGCCUAUGCUUUCCUUAGAGCAAAGUCGCAUGCCUUUUUUGAAAACACAAGCAGAUCGACGUCAUUUCGCGGGUAGUGAGCUUGAUAGGCUGAUUGCCGAGAUUCAGCAACAGUCUGGGUUCGAAGACUUUCUGCGACCUCCGAGUGAGGGAGAGAUAUUGGAUGCAGGCCAACAUGGACCUAUCGUGGUCAUCAAUGUUAGCGAAUACCGCUGUGAUGCAUUCCUUAUUGAUCAGCAUCGAAUACAGACCGUGCCAUUACCUAAUUUUACCUACCAGGGAAUCAAGGAGAAGGUCCAACAAGGAAGCUUGGGGACCCCCCAGGUACUUGAGUGGUUAUGGGAUGUUGUUGCACAUCCGGUCCUAGACGCACUAGGAUUCACAGAGCCUCCGCCUGACGAGAAAUGGCCACACGUAUGGUGGAUUCCAACCGGCCCUCUGAGCAAGUUUCCCCUUCAUGCGGCAGGUUAUCACGGCAAAGGCUCGAAUCACACCGUUUUGGAUAGAGUCAUGUCCUCCUACAGCUCCUCUAUCAAGGCAAUUAUACACGGACGCCGGCGCCGCAAUCUACAAGACGCUUCAAAGACCCCAAACCGGGCACUUCUUGUUGCUCUUGAGGUUACUCCCAAUCAAACUAGACUUCACUUUGCAGCGAGGGAAGUCCAGAUACUGUACAAUCUUUGCGAAUCGUCAGACUUGCAUCCUGUUCAGCACCGGCCGCGAAAGGAAGAUGUCGUUUCGCAGUUACCGAGUUGCAAAAUUUUCCACUUCGCUGGUCACGGUUAUACAAACAAUAAGGACCCCUCGCAAAGCUCCUUACUUUUGGAGGAUUGGGAGAGCGACCCUUUAACAGUGGCUGACUUGCUGGAAAUGAAUUUGCGCGAGCGCGCUCCAUUCCUCGCUUACCUCUCGGCUUGCGGAACUGGAGAGAUAGGAGACGAAAGGUUCCUUGAUGAGAGCAUCCACUUGAUCAGUGCAUGCCAACUCGCAGGAUUUCGCCACGUCAUUGGGACGCUGUGGGAGGUUCACGAUGAGAUUUGUAUGGACAUGACGAGAAUUACGUACGAACAGAUAAGGGACGGAGGUAUGACGGAUGAGUCCGUUUGCCUGGGGCUCCAUAAAGCUACCAAAGAACUUCGAGACCGCUGGUUUGCAAAAGUGGUUAGUCGCGGACGCGAGUUAGGAAAUAGCGCACACGAGACUGCAGUUGAACAUGAGAUGGAGGCUAUAACUCUCGAUGGUACCGGUUCUGUUAGCACCAGGUUGCCGAGGAAAGCUGCUUUACUAAGAGAGGCGCCGCUACACUGGGUACCUUAUGUCCAUUUUGGUGUAUAAUACAAGAUGAACUUGUUUAUUAUUGUAUUAAACGAGAAUUCUUGUACUGUUCAGAACAUCACUGUUUGUUACACUUUUGCCUCCCCCAUCUCUUGUUUAGAGAAUUUCUUACUUACUCGUCGUCGUAAUGAGCUCAGGAAAUCGUAAGAAUAUGAGGGAACGUACUACACUUGCACUUA